AUGAGAAUGAAGAACAAAAUUAGCUUUUUCAAGUUGAUUUUACUGCUGCUCUUACUCUCGGUGUUAGCUACCUCCAAACUUCAUGGAAACCCGGGUAGUAAAAUGGCGAAGAUCUUGAACCGAACAGCUCGGAAACUCGGUCCUGGUCUUGGCUGCAUUGCCCUCCAGUAUGUUGAGCUCUUAUGCAAGGGGAACUGCAAUGUCACCAAUACUCUGAGCUGUGAUAACGAAUUGGAUUUGCGAAAAAUGGUCGAGGGAGAGUCCAAGGCAUUGUGGAUUGUUGUUGCCACAGUGUUUGCAGCAGCAGCCACCGCGGUUUUACCAGCGGGACGUGGACAACAAGUACCGUGUUACUUCGUGUUCGGAGACUCUGUCUUCGACAACGGUAACAACAAUGCCUUGAACACCGUUGCAAAGGUCAACUAUUCACCUUAUGGUAUAGAUUACCCACAAGGUCCGACCGGUCGGUUUAGCAACGGACGUAAUAUUCCGGACGUUAUCGCUCAACGAAUGGGUUUCAAUGAUUCCAUUCCACCAUUCGCCGGAGCAUCACAGGCACAAGCUAACAUCGGUCUCAACUAUGCGUCCGGUGCCGGCGGUAUCCGAGAAGAAACUAGCGAAAGCAUGGGUGAAAGAAUCAGUUUGAGAGAGCAAGUACACAACCACCGUUUGGCGAUUAUCAACGCGGCAGUGCCACGGAGUCAGCUACGCCGAUGUCUAUACACAAUCAGCAUCGGAAGCAACGAUUACCUCAACAAUUACUUUUUGCAACCUCGUUCUCGAACUAAUCGUCUAUUUACUCCUAACCAAUAUGCUCAAUCUCUCAUUCAACGCUACCGUCUUUAUUUGACGGAAUUGUACGUACUAGGAGCGAGGAACGUAGCUUUGUUUGGAAUCGGUAAGAUUGGGUGUACACCACGGGUUGUUGCUAGCCUCGGUGGUGGUGUUGGUUGUGCUGAACAAGUGAAUCAAGCCGCAGAGAUCUUCAACAAUAACCUCAAAACCCUAAUCACGGAUUUAAACAACCAACUUUCCGGGGUUAAAUUCACUUACGUUGACCUCUUUUCUGGAAAUCUAGAUUUUGCCGCUCUUGGGAUUACUGUUGCUGAUAGGAGUUGUUGUACGGUUGAACCGGGUGAAGAACUUUGUUUGUUGAAUGGACCGGUUUGUCCUGACCGAACCAAAUACAUAUUCUGGGAUAACGUGCACACCACAGACUUGAUUAAUGCAGUUAUUGCUAACUCUGCGUUUGACGGUGUUAAUACUUCUCCGUUUAGCAUAUCUCAGCUUGUGAAUUAA